UUCUGCGCUGACACACUGGAUCCGUUGUCGCGCCGGAAAGCUACAGGAUAGCAAGAAACGGGCUGCGAUCAAAACACAACUUUAGGGCCUGCAUCCGCCCCAACUCUUACGGUUUUGACAAAGAACGUCGAUAGGAGUCCUCAAAGCGAUUUUUGGGCGACGGAGGACGUGCAAACUCUAGUUUAUGAAAGCGAAGUACGCGUUUUGGCCUUGACAAGUUGGCUAACGGAGGUCCGAGCUAGCGCUAGCAGAGGAGCUAACUUUUCGCUAGCAAAAGCAAAACAAGGAAUGAGUGAUGACCUCUGUGGUGGUGUCAGAUGGAGGAGGGAACAUAGUGGAGUAUGUCACCGUGGUGGAGGAGACCCAGCAGUGUGAGCAGCAGCCGGCUGAGGAGGAGGAAGAGGAGGAGGAAGAGGAGGAAGUGGUUCAGCAGGAAAUCGAGGCGGUGAUCGUGGAGGGAGGAGAGGAGGUGGAAGAAGAUGUUGAGGAGGAGGAGGAGGGCGUGGUGCUGCAGGAGGAGGGCUGUCCUGCAGUGAUCGUGGAGGAGGUGCCCAGUGCUCAGGUGGAGGAGUGCUACUCAGCUCAGGUCCUGGUCUACGACGAUGAGACGUACCUGAUGCAGGAUGUGGCUGACGAGCAGGAGGUGGUCACAGAGGUGGCAGAGACGGUGGAGAUGACGGCUCACGACAUCGUGUGUUUUGACAAAACGUUUGAAGCAGCUGAAGCUCUGCUGCACAUGGAGUCUCCUGGAGGUCUGCACAAUGAUCGAAACACAGCAGAGGAUGUGAUGAUGGAGACGGUGGUGGAGGUGUCGACAGAGUGUGGACCAAUAGAGGAGGAGUCGUUCCCCAUCCCUCCCGAGUGUGAACCUGCUGCAAAGAAGAAGAGAGGAGGUGGACGUAAGCCCAAGACACACCAGCCUGCUUCCAACGGCUCCUUUGACCUGGGGAUCAAGAAGAGACAGAGAGAGGGCAAAGGUAACACCACGUACCUGUGGGAGUUCCUGCUGGAGCUGCUGCAGGACAAAAACACCUGCCCCAGGUACAUCAAGUGGAUGCAGAGGGAGAAGGGCAUCUUCAAACUGGUCGACUCGAAGGCCGUGUCCAAACUGUGGGGGAAACAUAAGAACAAGCCCGACAUGAACUAUGAGACCAUGGGCCGAGCCCUGAGGUAUUACUACCAGAGGGGCAUCCUCGCCAAAGUGGAGGGCCAGCGGCUGGCCUACCAGUUCAAAGACAUGCCCAAGAACAUCCGGGUGAUAGACGACGAGGAGGAAGGAGAGGAGGUGGAGGACAGCGAGGGUAUGGUAUCCGCUCAGCACCUGGCUCACCAGCAGGGCCCCGCAGGCCUGGUCACCAGCUCCCCCGCCUCCACCCAGCCCCAGCACACCUACGUCACCGUCAUCCCCAGCAACGCCGGCACCAGGCAAAUCAGGGCCAUGCCUGUCGUCAUGACGAACUCCCUAGGUCAAGUGACAUUAAACUCCUCCUCCAUCCUAACCACCACUUCAGGAGUCCCAGUUACGGUAGCCAACGCCUCAGCCGGCGCUCCACCAAAACUGGUGAUCCAGGCGCUGCCCACCAUGCUGCCCGCCGGAUCCAAAGCUGGAGAGAAGAUCACCAUCAUCACUAUCCCGGCCAACCAGCUGGCUGCGCUCAUGCAGGCCAACCCAUCAGGCCAUAUCACGCAGCUCAUCCAGGCCAAACCUGUCACUACAACGUUAGCGCAGGCCACCACUAAACCAGCCACAACCCACACGGUCCAGCUGACCACGGGCAGGCCCCAGCUCAUCCUGGCUAAACCAGCAGCAGUGGCCCAGGCGCUGCCACAGCUCUCUGUCCAGGUCAGCGCGCCUCAUCCCACCCCAUCCAAAACCCCCACCCAGACCCCCAAUCCAGAGGUAGCACAAUCAGAAGCUGUGGCUGAAGCUCCGCCCCCUUCUAGCCCGUCAGCUGUGUCAACAGAAAACGCAUCGUCCUGAAAGCCUCGCCCUGAGGAGGGAGGGGGUUACAGGAAGUGACUUUGGACACUGUUAAAAAUAAAGUGCAGGAUGCAUCCAAACCCCUCCACCCUGCAUCAGACUUCUCUGAUUGGCUCAGAUGGUCACCAGGGAGGCGCAUGCUCCCACACAGGAUUAAAGGGACUGUUGUAGAAACAUACACACACACACACACACACACACACAGACACACACACAGACGGGUCAGAGCUCAGAGGACGUGAGCAGCCUUAGAUUGUAAAUGAAAAACUCUGUUUUGUAAUCAGAUGUAAUAUAAGAAGCCUGACAAACUUUGUUGUAAACACAAAUGUAAAAAAGCAUUUUUGAUACUCUGCCGUGUGUUUCAGUCCGGACGUCGUUUCAGCUCAUCUCUUUGUUUUCGUCUCAGUCGACGGUUCGUCUGCAGACUUUGUCCCUCCACAGCACUGUCUUCCCCUCCAUCAGCUGUCUGUCUUUUUUUACUGUUCACAUAAAGGGAGUGGAAGGACGUCUGCGUGGACAGAAGACAACUAAACCGUGUGCUCCACAUCUGAAGUAUAAUAUACUAUUUUUUUCUUGUACUAUCUGUGUAAUGAAGUAGAUUUUACUGGAAUAUGUAUUAUAAAAAACAACAAAUGUGACCAAA